AAAAGACAUUUUGGGCUGAAGAAAAAUUGUAAUAGUGAGCUCCCAUGUGCGUAGGGCCCACAGACAAGACUGCAUAGAAUCCCUAACAUAUUUUUUCCUUUAAAGAAAAUUAUACAUAUUUAGUUAAAGAAAAAGGAACCAAAGCAUUUCAUCAUUAUGGUGUUAACUAAGGAAUACAGGAUUUGCAUGCCGUUGUCAGUGGAAGAGUACCAAAUCGGACAACUCUACAUGAUAGCACGACAUAGUCUGGAAAAAUCGGACUCAGGGCAAGGAGUUGAAGUAGUCGAGAACUCCGAGUGUGAAAGCGAAGAACAUGGAAAAGGGCAAUAUACGGAGAAAAGGGUUCAUCUUUCCAAUCGUCUUCCGUAUUGGAUACAAGCUGUAUGUCCGCGUGUUUUCUACAUCACAGAAAAAGCAUGGAAUUACUAUCCAUUUACACUAACAGAAUACACAUGCUCUUUUAUACCAAAGUUCAACAUUUCAAUUCAAACAAGGUAUGAAAACAACAACGGAAGCACAGAAAAUUGCUUGAAGCUACCAGAAGAUAAAUUAGCUGAAAGAUCCGUUGAUCACGUUGAUAUUGCUUUUGAGGAAAUUGAUCCUAAGCACUACAAACAGGAAGAAGAUCCAAAGUACUUCAAGUCAAAAAUAACUAAUCGCGGCCCUUUGAUUGAAGGCUGGCGUGACUAUGAAAAUCCAAUUAUGUGUUCAUAUAAAUUGGUUAAUGCUUCCUUCGAAGUUUGGGGUCUGCAAACGCGUGUUGAGGACUUCAUUCAGAAGUGUAUUCGGGAUAUUCUACUUCUUGGACAUCGGCAGGCAUUCACGUGGAUUGAUGAGUGGUACAAUAUGACCAUGGAGGAUGUUCGAGAGUACGAAAAGUCCAAGCAAGUUGAAACUAAUGAAAAAGUUCUGCAGAAGAAUGCUGAUGAGGCAGAGAAUCAAAUUAAUGGCGAAAAGAAUAAUGAGAACAAAUCAUCGCUAUCAUUUGAUUAGAAACUUAUAAAAAAGAAUUUAAAAAAAACUCAAGAAGAGAAAAUAUAUUAGGUUUGUUUUCUUGUUUUGGGCACGAUCUUCAUUAUUCAAUGUAAAAAAAAAUUGUAGCGAAUAUAUUAAAGUACAAGAUAUGUAUGCAACCCUUAUUAGGAAAAUCUGUGAAUUAUGUAUGUAGUAUUUCCAAAAUAAUUUAAAAUAAAUCUCUAUGUUAUGUGCAAAA